UGUGAUAUUAAGAAAGUGAUAUGAGAGAGCGAAAUGAGUCCAGACUGGUGGAGAAUUCACAUGAGAAACACAAAACCGCAGAUCAUUAUCCGAGACGUAGCCAUAUCAAAUACACGCCUAAAGGUCCAUUUAUACUCGACGCUAAAGACGGACGGAGUUGGACAGAGCUUUUCUUUUCGUCCCCGAAGACCUCAGGGAGCUCUAACUGUAAAGCUUUAAAAGGCUUUUUUCUACAAUCAUCUCCCAACUCAAGAUGAGCAAAGGCUCCACUAACAUCGUCAUUAGCCGUGGCCUUGUUAGCGGCAGUAAUGGUGGACAAACACGCAGCCAGGAUCAGAGAGAGCGCUCUCUGUUGACCGUGUCCAGCGCUGGUGUGACGCCACGAUGUCAUCAGCGGCGGUGGUCAGCUGACUUGAGUCAGUGCGGGACGUCGUCUGUUAUUAUUGUGAAGAAGAACAGGAAGGAGCCACAGCCUCCUGAGCGAAGAUCAUCUCUGUGUGACCCUCACUCAGUGUCUCACUCUUCAUUCAAAUGUUACUCCCGUCCUCCCGUGACAUUUAUCCUGGACCACUCCUCCUCCUCCUCCUCCUCCUCCACCACUUCUUCAUGCUCCUCUCCUCCUCCCAUACAGACGUCCACCAUCACAGGCCCAGACCCUCUAGGCUGGAAGUUGCGGCUCAGGACCACUUCUCAGUCAGACAAUGCUCCUAAUCCAGCAGGUAAAACCAAACCCCCUGUCAGAGUCAAACCACCCUGUCGCCGCCACUCAGACCCCUCAGCCUUCCUCAGGUCUCUGCACCAACUCGAGGAGCUUCACGCUGUCCGUCUCCGCCCGGUCAGCCACCCAGAAGAGUUUGUCAACGUCUUCGGUGACGGGAAGGAAGAGGCGACCAAUCGGCGACGCAAAACGCCGCCUGCUGUUCCAGAGAAAACUGCCAUGGCCAGACAGAUUGCACAACUGAUCGCUCUUUCACUGCAACGCCGCACAAACUCUUUCCCUAAAACGAGGGAGGGAAACAUUGACGGCAGAGUGAUGGAGACCCAACUGACACCGUCACAUCACGCCGAGGAUCGCAGCGACGAUCAGCAGAGCUGUGCGUCACCGGGUCUUACUGUACCGUUGCCUGGCAGAAAAAUCUAAGCGAGGACGACUGAACAGGAACAUGAGCAUCCCUGAGGACGACUUCCUGCUCCUGUACCAAAGAUAAUGAGAGUUAUUUUCUUCUUUUUUUUUUUUCACGGUGUUGUUUCGCUGCUUGUGCUCUAAACGUCUGCUGACUCGUCUCUAUUGUGUAAAUGUGACUCAGCUCUUUUGAGCACAGAUCUGAAAGCGAUGUGGGCAUGUGUAGGAAGGAGCAAACUGUGCCGAUGGUGCAGUUCCCGCUGAUGGAGUUCAUACAUCACUAUAAUUCGAUUUAUUUUUGCCUCUAUUUUUUUUUGCCCGUACAUUGUGUAUGUAAGUUUGCCUCAUGUGUCUUUGUUAUGAGGAGAUGUGAUAUUCUUUGUUCUGGGAUGCAUGAGAUACGACUGAUAAAUGCGUUUGUUUAUCAACGGGAAAUGAGAUAUGAAUAAACGUCCAUCAUCAUCGCAUUAUAUAACAAUAGAGUCGUAUCAUAAUGUGUUAAAUUCUUAAUAUUU